UGAGAUAAGGUGAUAAGCCCACGUGGCAAUAACCAAACCCUGCCUCACCUCCAUUACUGAAAACACGGUCUCUCUCUCUCUCUCUCUCUCUCUCUCAUCCCUUCUCUUCAACCAUGGCCUCUCCAACUCUGAUCACUCCCACCGCCUCCACACCAAAACCACUCACACCCAUCAGAUCAAAACUCACCCUAAACGCCACCGCAUCCACUCCGAACGUCAGCACCAACACACCACCACUCAUACGCCGCGGCUUCCUGUCACUCACUGUCGGCACUGCAUUGCUCGUACCAGUCACGUCUGCAUGGGCGGCUUUCGAUGAGGAGUACGUGAAGGAGACUGAAGAGGUGAUCAACAAGGUCAGAGCCACCAUAAACAUGGAGAAAACUGACCCCAACAUAGCAACUGCGGUGGCUGAACUAAGAGACAGUUCAAAUUCAUGGGUCGCCAAGUACAGAAGAGAGAAGGCUCUGCUCGGCCGGGCAUCGUUCCGAGACGUUUAUUCGGCUCUUAACGCCGUUUCCGGUCAUUAUAUUAGCUUUGGACCGACGGCACCGAUUCCAGCAAAGAGGAGGGCUAGAAUCUUGGAAGAAGUGGACACAGCAGAGAAGGCUCUAGCGAGAGGAAGAUAAAUGGAACCAGUUAUUGAUGGUAGCAAUUUUUUUGUACUAUCUUAAGCACUGUUUAUUUUGCUGAUUUUAGGCAUUGUAGAAUGAGGUUCACUUUGUGAAUUCCGAGGUUAAAUAUCUAUGUAUAACAUGGGAAAUAUGUUUAAUCUCUUUUGUUCUUUGAAUCAAAUUUGCAUAUGCUUCCGGAAAAUUCAGACCAUGAACUUUUUGCUGAAUCCAAUUAAUAUAAACAUCGGGCAG